AUGGGCCCCUGGAGGCGGCUCCCCACCUACUUUCCGAACAUUAGUCUGUACAUGCUCCCGCUGAUGGAGAAAGAGCUGGAGGCGGUGAAGAAGACGGGCUGGUUGAGAAAGGUCGCGUUCAGGACGACACCGAAUGUCAGCAAGUUGGAGAUCAAGGCUUUUUUGGAGAGUGUAUAUGGCAUGGAAGUAGAGAAGGUGAACACACUGAAUUAUGAGGGCAAGAAGAAGAGAAGAAAGUAUGGCAUGGUACAGAGACCGGAUUGGAAGAAAGCUUAUGUGUACUUUAAGCUGCCAGCUGGCAGCAUCGAGGAAGACCAUGGGGCCGGCUGA